AAACAUGCUCGUUGACCAGUUGAACUCCUCUAUCCAACGACGAAUGCAUGUGACCGCUUCUGAUUGGUUAUUUACUCGACGGCAUUGGUAGCAAAGUGACUCCCCAUAUCCAUUCCUUUAACAAGGAAAGGACGGAUUUUACUUCUUCCUUCGGUCCUCUCUCCCAGAACUCAACUUGCUUGACCGUCGUCUACGGCGCCAUGGUUUGGCUGCGCUCUUUCAUCCUCUAUUGUUCCUUGAUUCUUUUAAUCACCCAAGGCUUCGUUUCUUCAGCUCUCGAUUUCGAUUAUCACCGGGUCCCGGUGAUAAUUCCCCUCCAGCUCUCAACCCCAAACGUUUCUGCUCAUCGGAAAGCCUUCAACAGCGACUACAACAGGCGGCAACUCCAAAAUUCGGACCUUCCGAACGCUCGCAUGCGCCUCUACGACGAUCUCCUCUCCAACGGUUACUAUACGACGAGGCUAUUUAUUGGGACACCUCCCCAGGAAUUCGCUCUUAUUGUGGAUACUGGCAGUACUGUGACAUAUGUUCCGUGCUCUACUUGUGAACAGUGCGGCAAGCAUCAGGAUCCAAGGUUCCAACCGGAGGCAUCUAGCACCUACAAACCUAUAAAGUGCAACCCCAGUUGUGACUGUGAUGACGAGGGGAAGCAAUGUACUUAUGAGAGACGGUAUGCUGAGAUGAGUUCUAGCAGUGGUGUUCUCGCUGAGGAUGUCAUUUCUUUUGGAAAUGAAAGCGAGCUCACGCCUAAGCGAGCUAUUUUUGGCUGUGAAAAUGCAGAAACUGGUGAUCUUUUCAGGCAACGUGCUGAUGGAAUUAUGGGGUUGGGCCGUGGUCGGCUCAGUGUUGUAGAUCAGCUUGUUGAGAAGAAUAUUAUAAGCUACUCAUUCUCUUUAUGUUAUGGUGGGAUGGAUGUUGGUGGUGGUGCAAUGGUUCUAGGUAGGAUUUCUCCACCCCCUGAUAUGGUUUUUACCCAUUCAGACCCUUACCGUAGUCCAUAUUACAAUAUCGAGCUGAAGGAACUGCAUGUAGCUGGGAAACGAUUGAAGUUAAAUCCAAGAAUCUUCAACGGAAAGCAUGGAACAGUUUUGGACAGUGGAACUACAUAUGCUUACCUUCCAGAAGCAGCUUUUCUUGCAUUUAAAGAUGCUAUUAUGAAGGAAAUCCAUUUCCUCAAACACAUCCAUGGCCCUGAUCCAAAUUACAAUGAUGUUUGUUUUUCUGGUGCUGGAAGGGAUGUUUCUCAACUAUCAAAAAUUUUUCCUGAGGUUAAUAUGGUAUUUGGCAAUGGUCAAAAGUUAUCCCUGUCUCCAGAGAAUUACUUGUUCCGGCAUACAAAGGUCAGUGGUGCAUAUUGCCUGGGAAUUUUCCAGAAUGGGAAGGAUCCAACUACUCUUUUAGGAGGAAUUAUUGUACGGAAUACUCUUGUGACUUAUGACCGGGAGAAUGAUAAGAUUGGUUUUUGGAAAACUAAUUGUUCUGAACUAUGGAAGAGACUGCAAGUUCCUGGGGUGCCUGUUCCUGCUCCUGUAGUUCCGCCUAGUAGUAACAAAAGUGAAGCAAUGCCUCCUGCUAAAGCCCCGAGUGUACUGCCUCCAGAUUUUGUUCCAGGUGAACUUCGAAUUAGAAUUAUAACAUUUGAUAUGUUGAUUAGUGUUAACAACUCAUACAUGAAGCCCAACUUAUCUGAAGUAGCAGAGUUCAUUGCCCAUGAGUUGGAAGUUGAUAAUUUGCAGGUUCAUAUGUUAAAUUUCACCUCAGAAGGAAAUAAUUACCAUGUUAGAUGGGGCAUCUUUCCUGCCGAGUCUGCUGAUUAUAUUUCCAAUACCACAGCAAUGAACAUAAUUCUACAAUUACGGGAUCAUAGAUUGCAGUUUCCUGAGAGAUUUGGGAGCUAUCAAUUGGUUAAAUGGAAGAUUGAGCCUCAAAGAAAGCUGACAUGGUGGCAGGAACACUUCUGGGCAGUUGCUGUUGGAGUUUUGUCCGCCCUGCUUGUUAGUUUAUCAGGCAUUGGCAUAUGGAUGGUUUGGAGGCAUAGACAAGCAACAGUUGGUACAUACGAGCCUGUUGGUAAAAGUGUUCCUGAGCAAGAACUACAACCAUUAUGAUAAAAGUGUUUUCAUCUGGGGCUAGAUACUGGAUCAUUGUAGCGCAUAUUUGAAUGCUAAACUAUUUUUUAUGGCUGAUAAUUUUGGGGCGAUCAAAUCGUCCCUCUGUUGUUGUAACUCUGUUGUUGUAAAAUGAAUAGAAUUGAAAGGAAAAAGGAAAAGAAGAAAAACACAGUGAUCAGGUGGUCAUUGUUCUGGAUGUUCCGACUGUGGAUAAUUGCGUGUGUAUUAUAGGUAUAAUAAAUUUCAACAUUUCAACAUUUUCAUAGUGUA